AAUGAGUCAUUGUAAAGUUUCGUUUAGUUUAUUCUCAUCUCAGCUGACAACCCGACCGGUUUUGGACAAUCCAGAAACGGAAAAAAAUCCACCGAGAGCCACUUCAGAGUGAGUAAAACUCUUAUGCAUGACCACCGGACACUGAAAACGCAGAGAAGGUCAUAAAAACAAUAAUCCCCUCGGACAUCAUUGGAGGAUGAUGUUCUUCUCCUGCCAGGGGUCAUUGUAAUUAAGACACUGACUUGCCUGUAUAAAUGAAGAUGGCCUCCACGUUGUGGGGGCAGUUCUCCAUAUUGAUGGAUAAUGACACUCGUGUGGGCAAUAGCUGUUUCAGUGCCACACAGAGCACUGUGCUGAAGGGGGUGAAUUUCGGAGGUUUGCCCAUCGUUCUGCUGCUCGACUUUAUAGUCUUCCUGUUGCUGCUAUCGGCCUUCACUGUGAUCAGAAGGAGACUGUGGGAUCAUGGGAGACUUGCUCUUGUUGCAGAGAACGAAAGAGACUUUAGUAAACGGCGCUACCGUAGAAUGACAUCAUCCAUCUCCACUGAGGAGCCUGAAUACGAGAAAGGUUGCUGCUCUUGGGUCACCUUUAUCGUCAAUAUGGAUGAGGCUACAGUCCAGGAGAAAUGUGGGGUGGAUGCAGUACAUUAUCUGUCAUUUCAGAAGCACUUGGUCACCCUGCUCUUGCUCAUCUGUGUGCUGUCUGUGUCCGUCAUCCUACCAGUUAAUCUGUCUGGGGAUCUGCUGGGCAAUGAUCCAUACAGUUUCGGGAGAACCACCAUAGGGAAUCUUAAGAAGGAUAAUAAACUGCUUUGGCUACACACAGUGUUUGCAGUUCUAUAUCUCGUGAUCACAGUGGCCCUGCUGAGACGCCACACCUCUAAAAUGAAGGGAACCAAGAGUGAGAUAGCCAGAAACACCCUGUUUGUGAGGUCUGUACCCACUGCAGCCACUGAUGAGAGUAUAAAAACUCACUUUUCGGAGGCAUACCCUACCUGUCAAGUGAUUGAAGUUAACUUGUGCUAUGAUGUUGCCAAACUGAUUGACUUGGACAGAAACAGAAAACGGGCAGGAAAAAACCUGCAGCAUUACCGUAAGAUACUCGAUCGCCAGGGACAUCGUGAGGUCAUCAACCCGCGCCCAUGCAGCCACCUGUGCUGCUGCUGCCACUGUCAGGGGUGCGAAAAGGUUGAUGCUAUAGAGUUCUACAGUUCACAGGAAGCUGCUCUGCUUGAGGAGGAAAAUAAACUAAAGCAGAAUAGGGUGUAUCCUCUAGGCAUGGCAUUUGUCACCCUGCAAAAUGAGUACAUGGCCACUUAUAUCCUGAAAGAUUUCAAUGCUCUUGAGUGUGGAGGCAGGGCAGGGGGUGUGGUCGGAGAAGAAAUGGGUGGGGGAAUCAAGUGUGGGUGUGGCCGGGAGCCUCAGCCGUCCUCUAAGAGUGCAGAGCUGAGGGUACACAAUUGGGAAGUGAAUUACGCUCCUCACCCACAUAAUAUCUACUGGGAGAAUUUGUCAUUACGUGGGUGGCGUUGGUGGCUACGUUGUGUGUUGCUGAAUGUUGCACUCUUCGUGCUCCUCUUCUUCCUCACAACGCCCUCCAUCAUCAUCAGCACCAUGGACAAGUUUAACGUCACCAAGCCUAUUCACUAUCUGAACAGUGCCGUUAUCAGCCAGUUCUUCCCCACUCUUCUACUGUGGACCUUCUCUGCCCUGCUGCCCACUAUAGUGUAUUACUCUACACUGGGGGAAUCCCAUUGGACCAGGUCUAGUGAGAAUAUGAGCAUGAUGUACAAGCUCUACAUAUUUCUGAUCUUCAUGGUGUUGAUUUUGCCAUCACUGGGCCUCACCAGUCUGGACGUGUUUUUCCGCUGGUUGUUUGAUAAGCAGUCUGAGGGGAAGCUGAGGUUUGAGUGUGUGUUUUUAGCUGAUCAGGGGGCGUUCUUUGUAAAUUACGUGAUCACAGCCGCUCUGGUGGGCACAGGCAUGGAGCUGCUGCGAUUGCCAGGGUUGCUGCUCUACAUCGUGCGUCUGGCACUCGCACAUUCGGCUGCUGAGAGGAAAUAUGUUAAACAGAAUCAAGCGUACGAGUUUCAGUACGGCGCGAUGUACGGAUGGACUCUGUGUGUGUUCACGGUCAUCAUGGCGUACAGCAUCACCUGUCCUGUCAUCGUCCCCUUCGGUCUGCUGUACCUGAUGCUGAAACACCUGGUGGACAAACACAACCUGUACUUCGCUUACCUGCCCGCCCGCCUUGACCGGCAAGUUCACCUGGGAGCUGUCAAUCAAGCGCUGGCUGCACCAAUCAUAUGCCUGAUGUGGCUUUAUUUUUUCUCUGUGCUCAGGACAGGCUUCAUGGCGGACACAUCACUGUUCACACUUGUGGUUCUGUGUGUCACCAUCUUUAUCUGUAUAGGUUACACUUGCUUUGGGCACUUCAAAUACCUCAGUCCCCACAACUACAAACUUUCUGAACCUGGCAUUAUUAAGGAGGAAGAUGAAGAUAGAGUUUCUGAGAGCUCAUCUCAUUCGGUGUAUCUUCCCAAAGUUCUGAACCCAGACGCAUCGUUCGAUUCUUCUGAUGAGUGCAGCACUCGGCAAUCCUAUGGCACGACAGACACGAGCCCGCCUUUCCUCAGCACUGAGGAAGACUGUCCAGACUUGGAUAUCUAACAACAAUAACACAACUGCCCUUUCUCCUUUGGAGGAAAUGGUUCUUGCUAUAUUGGCGGUUGGAGGUCAGUGUGGAAAUGGAGGGGAUAUACUUUUGAAAACAGAAUCUUUUGGAAGGAAAAAAAUCACUCUCAAGCUUUUUUUCAUACACACUGAGAGACAUGAGGAACAUUUAAUCAUAAACUGCCGUAUAACAAAUGCAAAAGAGCUUUUUGGGAAUCAGUUCAUCUCACCAAAGACUAAACUCUUUUCUAAAUUGCCAUUCAAACACGCUGUCCAAACAUUUCUACAUUACAAAAGCAGCUUCACCAUUGAGCUCUUGCCAAGGAGUACAAAUAUAACUUGAAUAUAUCAAAGCGCACAUGAACACUUGAAUCAUGGCACUUGUGCCUUGUUGGAAACAACUUAACACACUUUAUAACUGGAAUUUGUGUGAGAGUGUGAGUAAGAGAGCGAGCGAGUGCGAGCGAGAGAGAGCGCUUACAUAUUGAUUGUCAUUCUUAAUGUUUUCUGUUUUAAAGCAAAGUUUUAUACAAAUGUGUUAAUAUAUUGAUAUUGACAUAUUGAGCUCAUUGCUCAGUGGCCUUGUGUGUGUGUGUGUUGUUUACAUGGCUUAUGUGGAAACAAAUGUGUAUAAUGACAUGGGUAUUACAAUGUAAACAUGGUUUAUGAGGACACUUCCUGUGUUUUUUUUAUUUUUUUUUAUUUUUUUUUUUUUUAUUAUUCAAAAAAUGCUAAAAGUUUUCUGUCAUGGCUAGGUUUAGGUGUAUGUUAGGGGUAGGUUUAGAGGAGAAUAUACAGUUUGUAUGGUAUAAAACCAUUACGCCUACAGAGAGUCCCCAUAAACCACAUAUACAAGUGUGUGUGUGUGUGUGUGUGUGUGUGUGUGGUUCAGGUAUUCCCUACGUCCUAAACAUGGCAAUAUCAGUAAUCUCUGUCCUUGUGGGAAAAUUUUUUGGUCCCCAUGAGGCAAAAAAACAGCUUAUAAGUCAUAAUAAGUGAUGUUUUUUGAAAAUGUAAAAAAUGCAGAAAAUUUUCUGUGAUGGGUAGGUUUAGGGUCCCCAUAACAUAAAAACCGUGUGUGUGUGUGUGUGUGUGUGUGUGUGUGUGUGUGUGUGUGUGUGUGUGUGUGUGUCUGAAAGAAUAAAUAGGAUUGUAUUAGGCGGACAAGUGGCCUCAUCAUCAUCAUCAUCACUAGGUGGCACUGUUGUUUUCUGAUUCUUUUGGUUCUUUUCAGAGUAGUGGCAUAAUGUCAAUUACUAGAGAAAAUCAUUUAGAAAAAAAUUAUGAAAAGAUUGAAUUUACAGUAAGGCACUUACAAUGAAGAAAAACUUAAAAUAAACACUGCUUACGCAAUACUUAAGCAUUCAUGAGACUUGCUAUGUGACGUUCAACUUAAGUGUCAUGACCAAAUAAUUCCAGUAAACCCGGUAACUUUCGCAUGAUAACCACAAGUAUACCAGAAAAGGACUGUCUGCAUGGAGCAAAUUGUAGUCGCAGGAAUUGCGAUCAAAUUCAUCUACCUAGAAAAGUUUUCCUACUUCAAAGUACUAUUUAGACAACUUUAUUGAUCAAAAAAGAAACAGGGUUUUGCUAAAUAAUAACAAUUAAAACCCUUACAUUUCUGCUUUUAACUGUAAUGCAAUGGGAAGAUAUUGUGUAUAUGAAGGGAAACUGUUGAUAUGGUUCCUGUGUAUGUGUUUCAGUUCUGUAUAUUCAUUAUAUGAUUGGAACAGAAA